AUGCAGACUCGUUGGUCACCCCCACCACCAAAUAGCACCAUUAAAAAUCGUCGGUCUAUCGAAAACUACUGGCCACCGCCGCUCCAUUUCUGGUUAGGGUUUCUGUUGAAUCAGAAGACUCGUUGGUCACCCCCACCACCAAAUAGCACCAUUAGAAAUCGUCGGUCUAUCGAAAACUACCGGCCACCGCCGCUCCAUUUCUGGUUAGGGUUUCUGUUGAAUCAGAAGGUUUUUGGUGUGUUGUCUCCUUCUCUAAAUGUUGAUGUUGGAUUCGGUUGGAAAAAUGAGUUUGUGCUUAGUCUCGCCGGAAAAAAGGAGGAGAUGUUGGUUGUCGGGAGUGGGCGAGAAAGAGGAAAGAAAAUUGGAGAAAGGGAAUUUGGGGGGGAGGGGGGGAGCCAUGACGCAUAUUCGAAGAUCCAAAUCCCGUUCGCUGUCUUGACUAGCAGGCAACCCUAUAAGACUUUACUCCCCACCACCAUUUCCAUUUUCCGCUUUCAGUUUUUCUUUCAUUCCUCCAUUUCCUCCUACAACACCACUUUUUUGUCUUCUUGUUAUUGGUAG